GCUUGUUAAUGUUGUAGUGUCGUCACUACAGUGUAACAUCCGGGAAAAGUUUUUAUGAAAUAAAUAAAACGCAGCCUGCCAAUAACGGGAGAGUGUCGACGAGGAAGCCAAGCCUUUUAAAUAAAGCGACAUUUGAGGAAAAUGAAAAGAGCACUUCCACAUUCCACAUCCCGGAUUAGACUAUCCUGCCUGCGACAUCGCAGCCAUCAUGUCAUCUCCAGCUGGCCUUCAGUACUCCCAGGCAGACUUGUUGGCCCGAUGGAUGCCAAGUAGCACCAGAGCCGGAGUGAUCCUCAGUCCCUCUCCGGAUUUGGCUGGACCCUUGCGGCACACCUCUGCCGUGGGAUCGUCGCCCAUGUUGCCAGACGAUUCCUUCGCUUCCGACUUUGCCCCGUUGCCCGCUUCUACAGACAGCAGCUGCCUCGGUGUGGAUGCAUUUAGACGGGCAGCAGGAGGAGAGAUGACUGAGUCUGACAGGCCGGUGAACGGUCUAAACUCUGUCCCGACGAGAAUUGCAGAUGGACAGCUGGACACUUUGGACGAGAUGGCAAGCAAAUCACAGGAUCUGCCCCUUAUGAUGAAGCUUGAACAGUUAAAGAAAUGGCAGCAGCACAUGCAGGAGCAGCUAAAAGCUCAUCAGCUGGAGGAGCUGCUUCAUCUCCAGGAAGAGCAGCAGAAGCUACUGGGAACGCUGAAUGGAUCCCAGCACUGCACAGGAGAGAGUUCAGAAAUGUCCGGACCAGAGUGGGUUGAGGACACGCUCCACAGGUCAUGUUACACACAGUGCUCUUACAGUCCUGAUACAAACCACCAUGGAGUCCCACGGGGCUCUAUGAUUGGCCGUCAACCAGAACAGCAACUUUCACUAGUUGUCAGACACGAGCAGCUACCCAAAGGUCAAGCACCUGAGGAGGGUGAUGAUGAGGAAGGGGGCUCACUGGACUCCAGAGAAGAUGAGGAGGAGCACAGUGUCAAUGCGAGCCAUUUUUCUGAGGAAGAUGACACGUUAAUGGAACAUAAUGCUGUGGCAAGGACUGAAGACGACAGCAGAACAGAAGACAAAGUCUUUCACGACAGACCUAUAAGGCCAGGUAUUGGGGGUCAAAAGCAGACAUUUGAGGAGCUGCUUGAGGAGCAGCUGAAGCUGGAGGAGCAGAGGCUAAAGUCUGCCCAGCAACAACAGAGUCGAGAUGGAGCCAACGCUGCGCAAGCCCCUCCUAAGAGAGCCUUCUUGAAGCGAGGAGAGGGCCUUUCGAGAUUUACAAAUAAUCGGAAAGCUAUGUUCCAAAAAACAGAUGUAAAGAAGGACUCCAGACCACCACCGCCUCAAGCCAGAGUAAUCUCUCGCAGCAACUCGGAGCCCACAUAUAUUCAGAAAGGAGCCGCAAACAGUGCCCCACGGCUUCCUGUCCAGCGUAAAACUGCUACACUCAACAAGGAGAACCGGUUGAAGGGACUCAGUUCACCACCCCACGAUAUGAGAGCAGUGACUAAAGUAGCACGGACAAAGGUUUUAGGUAGUCAUCAGAGACAGAACACAGCAGGACCAGAGACUGUCCAAACUGAUCCAGGUGGCAGACCAGCCAAACAUCAGCUGGGGAAAGUUCUGUCAGUUCAGGCCGUGAAAGCCCCUUGUCUCAAUGUUCAGCCGUGUCCUACAACCAAACAGGGCGGGAAGUUAGGACAGGCAGGGGCGGCUGAAAAUGAAAAAAGCUGUGGUUCAAAAGGGGAAUUAGCAGAAGCAGGAGGGGUUUCUAAAGGAGGAGACCCAGUUAUACAGGAUUCCUUCGAGUUGUCUUUUCAGAAGAAGCUCCAGCGAUGGGAGUGCGACCGACAGCUGGAGAGCAUGGAGCUGGGAGAGUUUGAGCUGCUGGAGCAAGCGGCUGAAGAGCUGUCCUUCUCAUCUAACUCCUCCUUUGUCAUGAAGGUUCUUCAGAUGGAUCAACAACGACAGCUGCAGACUGUGAAGGGGCUCCACCAGCGACGCCUCUCUUCAACUCCCAUUAAAUCACCUCCUAAAGGUGUAUUUCAGAGGUGCAAUAGUGUUGGAAACACAGGUGGCUUAGCAAGCAACUCUUUGAACUCAGAAGCAUUUGUAAAGACAAGAAAUGAUAUACUAGAGAACAAAGAGAGCAUUAAGGAGACACAGGACAUUGAGAGAGAGGACAAACAUGACAUCUCUGACACGACACCCUGCAGCCGCUCUGAAUGUGGAGACGACAAAGUGGUCAAAAGUUCUCUCUGCUUCCCUGCACCUAUUAACCCACCAUAUGACAAGCGGUCGUAUGAAGAUGAGGAUAGUUUCAGGGACUCAUCUUCAGAUGUGGCUGAAGAGGAUGAUGUGGAGAGUAAGAGUGUCCACAGCAAUAGGGAGGACUCCACUCUGAUAGAGGGCAAAGACGGCGAGCAGGGGAGAGUUGUGUUUGAUGAUGACGACACAUGGAACGACCUGGAGGACACUGCCAUCGGCACAGCCGAUGAAAGCAAAGAGCUCAGUCCGAUUUCCAAACCGACAGCCAGAGAAAUUUCUCCCCCACAGAAGACUUUGUUGAGGAAGGUGGCUGUGAGCAAAGGUGUGGAGCUGGGGAAGGCCACAGGUAUCGGUUCAGUCAAUCUGGAGCCUGAUCAUCCUCCUGCCUCCCAGCUCAUGACAAAGUUAUUCCCCUCCCUGAAGCCAAAAGCCCAGAAUGCACCACUCCCUCUUCCUCCAGCUGCUUCUGUUGAGUCCAAAAAGCCAGAGGAGGAUACAGGCCAGCAGAUCCAGUCGAGACAGCUCAGGGAGAGACUGGCUGAGCUGGAGAUUGAGAUUGAGAGAUUCAGGAAGGAGAACGCUGCGCUCACCAAACUCAGACAGGAAAACGAGAAAAAACAGGAAACUCUCAGGGCAGAGCGUUUGGAGUUUGAGCAGAUGAGAGCAGAGGAGAUGGCCAAGUUUGAGGAGUACAAGAAAGAGGAGACGAGGAAGCUGCAGAAGGAGCGCAAAUUGUUUGAGAAGCACGUGUCAGCCGCAAGAGCUAUUCCUGAUAAGAAGGAACGAGAAGAGAUCCAGGAGUUGAAGCAGCAGCUGAGCUCCCUGCAGGAGGAGCUGAAGAGAAGGGAGAGUCGCUGGUCCUCCACACAAAGUCGCCUGCGUCAACAGAUCGACUCCCUCAGACAAGAGAACAGCUCACUGCGUGACGAGAUCCACGUGCUGGAGAAGCUCCGUCUGAGUGCCUGGAAGAAAAACCCUGUCACUGCUGAGAAGGAAAGUCCCAGAACAUUUGAGAACAAUAUGCCAUCUGUGACCAAAGGAGUUAAAUUUGCUAGUCCUCUCGACUCCAGAGGGAGUGACAGCAGCCCUCCACAUGUCAGCUCUGCUGCAGCCACUAGAGGGAACUCCAGAGACGGCAGUCAGGGUGCUGCAGGAAUAAAGAGCAGCCUGAGGAAGCCAGCAGGGCCAGGCUCCUCUUCCAGCUCCGUACCCAGCAGGAAGACAGAGGAGAGGUCAGCACCUGCCAGCAGCCAGGAGAAACCACCAAACCAAGAACACUUACACAGCUGCUCUCCAAACACUGAUUCUCCGACAAAUGAACUUGAGCGAAGUAAGGCUGAAGAGACCGAAUCAACCAGGGAGGUUAUCACACAUCCUGAUGGCAAGGUAGAGAAGGUUUUGGUCAGCGGUGAUCGUCUCAUAGUUUACCCCAACGGGACCAGGAAGGAGGUUUCAGCAGACGGACUGACGGUCAAGGUCAUCUUCUUCAACGGCGAUACUAAACAAGUCAUGGCCGACCAAAGAGUGGUCUACUACUAUGCUGAGACCCAGACGACACACAUCACCUACCCAGAUGGCAUGGAGGUGCUGCACUUCGCCAACAAUCAAACAGAAAAGCAUUUUCCCGACGGCCGUAAGGAAAUCACCUUCCCAGACCAGACAGUAAAGAACCUUUUCCCUGAUGGCAGGGAGGAGAGCGUACUGACAGACGGUACCAUCAUCCAGGUUAACUCGGACGGCACCAAAGAGAUCCUUUUUAACACAGGCCAGAAGGAGAUCCACACAGCAGAGUACAAGAGGCGAGAGUAUCCAGACGGCACAGUGAAGACCGUCUACGCAGACGGGAGGCAAGAAACCCGCUACCCCACCGGGCGGCUCAGGAUCAAAGACAAAGACGGAAACGUCAUUCUGGAUACCAAGGUGUAGAAAGGUGGUGAAUCUCAGUGACUGUGAAACUUGAAGCAUUUUUAUUAUUGCAGCUAUUGUUCAAACUGUGAAAAAAUCCAGGACAUCAGAGAAGGUUGUCUGGAGACUUUGGUGCUUUGUCUUUAUUUAUUUUCUUCAUGUGAUAACAGAUACAGGUGAGCUUUGGACAUUUUGUUUUAACGAUGUAACAUAAUCAACAGUUCAAACUGCUUUGAUAUUCUUGAGUUGACACUCCUUGCUUCUGAGAUUCACAAAUCAGCUUUUGUUGUUUUUAAAUACUUCUGUCUGUAUGUAGCAAAUAGAGUGAUGUGACACACUUUUGUGCCAGUGGUUUUACACCCACCCACUAAAGCACAACUGGCAGUGGCACAGGCUCAACAAGCACUACCCAUGGGUGUAAAAAUGAAACACAGACCAAUAAAUAAAUGCCAGUUUAACACACUGAGUAGACUUGGCGUUAUAGAGGAGACAAAAGGAAUCCAACACAAUACACCUCAAAGUCUUAGACUCACAAUGAUUCUUAACAGGACCUUCUUUUGCACAAAAAUCUGGGAUACUUUUUAAUAAUUCAGCGAGUCCAACAAUGUUUUGACUUAGCCCCUCUGGGUUUGUUCAAAGACACCACCCAGUCAGCUUGUUCAUGGCCAAAAGUGUCCACCAACAGAUUAGGUCUGUAAUUUUUUAUUAUUUUUAUGUUUUAUUUUUUUUCAAUUUUUUUCUGCAUAAAUUUUUGAACUAACAUCAGUUCUUUCCAUAAAUAUAAAAUAGUCAUUACUUUUUACAUUUUUGACCCUUUAAACACCAGUUUGUUUGUACAAUGCACUUGUUGGAAGACAACCUCAAAACUCACAAUUUCAUAUAUUCGAAGUGCUACUGGAAUUUCUUGUAUUAUUAAUAGUAGAGUCUGGGAAAUGUAAUUGAUUUACAUUAACAUUGAUUAUUAUGGAUUAUGCUCAAAAGACACACAUUCCUCCGAUUCUAUGUGGGAUAUCGCCUGGGUAGUUUUGGUGAAGCCACAGACGGACAACAAAAUCUUCCUCUGUUGCAACUGGAGGAGCCGGGGAGGUAGCUCUGGGUUGUUUCCCCUGUGCCAGUUUUCAUCUGAGGAGUUCCUUUGCCAAGGUGACCGUAGUAAAGACGUUGUCCUUGGAGCUCCUCUGUCAGUUGGAGUCUGAACCCCUUUCCCUUUUUUACUUCCUGAGAACUUCCAGUGUUGUCAUCCAACAUGCUAUGUAUUGCUUUAUUCUGGUGCAGGCUCACAUCUCCACUUCAUCUAUAAUCCUCCAAUCCUCACACCUUCACCUCCCGUGCAGGUUUGUAAGGGUGCACAGCAGGUAAAAGAUUUCCUUUGUUAUAAAAUAGUCAAAAAUACAUCUCAGGCUGCUAAUGCAGGGAACUGCAUAGAGGGUGAGUCCUGGUUUGAUACCAGUGGGCAUUGGAUUGUAAAGCAGUGUCUCUUAAGUAGUGGGACCCACAUGGUUUUCCCUUCACGAGGCAUGCACUCAGUCACCGGCUCCUCAUUGUCAGAAAAUGCUCCGCCAUUCUUUUCCAUCAGCCGUUCGGCCUCCACCUCCGUGCCACCCAUCCCCCAAUUCCCCGCAAAGGCACUGGCUAUUACUCAUCAUCAGUGGUAAUGCAGUCAGCCUCUUUGGAGAUUGUUUCUUCAUCUUAGGCAGAUGUCUUUUCUUCAAGGGCAGAGGACUGCUUGCUGUCCUUGCUCUCUGACCAGAUCAUACAGACAGUGCUUGAAGCAGUGAUGACCUUCUUGCCAUCUUGCCAGAAAAAAUGAUCUGGAAGCUGUUAGGCUUACUUACAGCAGUAGCGCUGUCUGCACCUGCAUAAACCUCAGGACAGAUUUACAAACAGUGUUUGUUGUUGUUUGCGCUGCAGCUGCAAUGUUGAACUCUGCAAAAUGUCCUGUGAUUUUUUUUUUGUUUGUUUGUUUUGUUUUUUGAGUUAAUAUUUUGGGUAUGAUAUCUUUUUAUGAAAAGUACAAAAGUAAAAGUGCUUUCAGCAUGUGCUUCAAAGCUAAGUCUGACUGGGAUCCUCAAAGCUCAAUAUCCUGCAUCAACAGAAAUUCACUGCAGCCUGUGUAAUAUUUGAUGUGUCAUCAUUUAUUCCAGUCUAUCUGCAAAUACAUGUUUGUGCUGCAAUGUCAUGCACAAACACAAACUAUUAGAUCCUUAAGAUCAAACCUAUGUCAAAAUUGUGUCAUUCUUUUGGUCCAUUGCAGUGUCGUAAGCCAUCAAAUGCCCCUAUUAGAAACUAGGAAUAUUACAUGAAAUUGCUUGUAUGGCCAAAAAUUGGUAGAUUAUGUAAUUUGGUAAAAAACAUUAAACUACAAUUCAUGUGUUGAGUUUAGAAUGAAAGCAAUUUUACCUAAAUUGCAUGAUUUAGUACUGUCAAUAACAAGGAAUCAAAAAUUGUUGUUAUAACAGGUUUCAAUAGGCCAAGAAUGGCCACGAUAGAGCCCAGAGGGUUAAACUUUCUAUUAUCCUAGUUUUUUCUUGCAAGACAGCCUGUCUGUUUGUCCCAGGAUAUUCCUGCUUAAUAUCCAAACCACGACCUGCUUUCGUCUGCUGUGGAUGAACAUUUGUAGUUUUCUCGUGUUUGCAACUAUUUUUAUUUGUAAAAAUGUUAAAUGCAUAUUUAUUUCCCUAGCUGGCUGUACAUAUUUUUUUUGUAAAAUACAUUUUUUUAAAAAA